AAAAAUGGCAUCUUUAUUAACUAGUCUCUUUCUUCUUUUCUUAUCUUCAUCCACAUACUGUUCCUCUGCAGUUUCUAAUCUAACUUCUUCAAAACCACUCUCUCUGAAACAAACUCUGGUCUCCUCCAACCAAGUUUUCGAAUGGGGCUUCUUCAAUCCCACCAACUCUUCAAAUCAAUACCUGGGUAUUUGGUACAAGGGAGACUCUUCUCCUCACUCGGUUGUCUGGGUUGCCAACCGAGAAGAACCACUCUCGCUCACUGACACUUGGGCUCUUCUUCAAAUCAGCAACAACGGAAAUCUCGAGCUUCUUAAUGGAAACCCACAAAACUCCUCUGUACUUUGGUCAACCAAAGUUGAUUUCUCUUCCAACACUACGCUGGCUAUACUCUUAGACAACGGAAACUUCGUCCUCAGAGACUCCACUUCAGGAGCAGAUUUAUGGCAGAGCUUCCAGCACCCAUGCGACACUUUCUUACCCAACUCCGUCCUCGGUUUCAAUCUCAAAACCGGGGAGAACUACAAACAGAAUUCUUGGAAAGCCGAAAACGAUCCGUCGCCUGGAAACUUCACCUUCGGGAUCGCAAAGAAGACGCCACCGGAAGCCGCCAUUUGGUUUGGAUCCGCAAUUUACACGAGAAGCGGACCCUGGGAUAAGCUCAAGUUCACAGGCAUACCGGACAUGGCGUCUUCGUAUAAGAGUCCGUACAAUCUGGUGGAAGACGUAGAAAAAGAAACGACGUAUCUGUUUUUCAACAACGGCUUCAACAACUCGGUUCUGUCGAAGGUGUUGCUCUCGCCGGACGGAAUGGUUUCGAUCAUGCUCAAAGACAAGGCUGGUUACUGGUACGCUAACUAUCAGGGUCAGAACGAAUGCGACCACUACGGAAUCUGUGGUCCUUUUGGGGUUUGCAAAGUCACAGAGUCUCCAAUGUGUAAGUGCUUAAAAGGGUUUAAGCCAAAUUCAGUGGAAGAGUGGAAUAAAGGGAAUUGGAGUGGAGGGUGUGUUAGGCAAACUGAGUUGCUUUGCCAAAAGAAAAGUAGUAAUAAUGUUAGUGAGAAUGGGCCAAGGGAUGAGUUUGCCAAGAUUGGAAAGGUUUGUGUCCCUGCUUUAUAUGAGUAUAUGGAAGCUGCUCUUACUUAUUCGUUUAUCAGUGGGAUAGGUUGUUUGGUUUGGUCAGACACCCUUAUUGACAUUACAGAGUUUGAAUCUAGUGGAGAUGAUCUGUUUUUUCGCCUUGCACAUUCAGAACUACAAGGGGAAGGACAUUUGAGUAAGACCAAAAUCAUUAUCGGCCUUGUUGUAGCUGUUUCUGCUGGUGCAGCAUUAUUAGCUGUUGUAGCCUUUGGUUUGCAUAGACGAAAAGCUAAGAGAAAAAGAACUGCAACAAAUAAUGAUUUGAUUUGGACAACUACUAACUUGAAGAGAGGAGACGAUCAACCCGAGCUUCAUUUUUUUGAGUUGGAUAGCAUACUAAUGGCCACAAACAAGUUUAGUAUUACAAACAAACUUGGUCAAGGAGGAUUUGGUCCUGUUUAUAAGGGACAACUACAUGGGAAGGAAGUUGCAGUGAAAAGACUGUCUAGCAGCUCAUCACAAGGUGAUGAAGAAUUUAGGAAUGAAAUGAUAUUGAUCUCCAAACUGCAACAUAGAAAUCUUGUUAAGCUCAUUGGUUGCUGCAUUGAAAAUGAAGAGAAGUUAUUAAUAUACGAGUUCAUGCUCAACAAGAGCUUAGAUACUUUUAUUUUCGAUUAUAGAAGAAGGGUAGAGCUUGAUUGGGCCAUACGGUUCAACAUUAUUGAUGGCAUUGCGAGAGGUCUUGUGUAUCUCUAUCGCGAUUCCAGUUUGAGGGUGAUACAUCGAGAUUUGAAGGCCAGUAAUAUUCUAUUGGAUGAGAAGAUGACUCCAAAAAUUUCUGAUUUUGGAUUAGCAAGGAAUUUUGAAGGCACUUUAGAUCUAGCAAAUACUUAUAGGGUGGUAGGAACAAUCGGCUAUAUGUCUCCAGAAUACGCAUUGAGAGGAAUCUUUGAUAAACUCCUUUAGCUUCCUCUUUAAUGUUGAAAUCUGACAACUCCCGUUUUCCCUAUAAUAACGUACUUAACUCAGUAAAACACAAGUUCACAAGCUGCAUUAAGUAGCAUAAUGAUUAAGCUACCUGAACAUAAACAUCAAAUACUCGUCUUCCAACACUCAUAAGAUCUGUCGUCUCUAAAUACUAUCUCUGCAAAAUGUAGUUUCACAGUGUAAUUCCAUUUCUUAAGCAACGAGCAAAAUAAUUUAGCGAAAGAGGCGAGAUGUGUGCAGUUGUGUAGAGCUCAAAGUUGUUCAUUCUUAAUCUAGAUACAUUAUUUACUAUA